AUGUCUGAUCUAGACAAUAACCCAAAUAAAUACAAUGAAUUACGAAGUAACUACAAAUACUACAUCGAUUCAUAUAAUGCUUUGUAUCAACUGAAAACGGAAAAUGAAGAAGAUUUAAACUUAAUUUACAAAAUAAUCAAAACAGAACUGAUUGAUUCAAAGAAAUAUCUAUCAACAAAUGCUAUCAUGGACAUUUUAAAUAUCAUUCCAUAUAAUAAUCACUAUACAAAGUCAUAUUUAUCUCUUAUCAAACUCAUAUCAGACGAUUAUCAUGUUAAAGAAGUCAGCAAUGCUAAACUUAUUUCAAACUUCCUAUUUUUUAAGGAGUAUACAUUUAAAUUAGACAAAUCUAAUGUUUUCGAAAAAAUUAAAUCAGGGGAUCUCGAUAUUCAUAUAGAAAAUACAAUUUACAGAGCAAUUAUUUAUAAUGACAAAGAAAGGGUCAUCUUUUUCACGGAAAGAGAUGGAUUUGAUAAAAAUCAAAAACUUAAAUAUGAAUUUUAUCCAGUUUCUAUAGAAGGAUUAUCAUUACUUGAAUUAUGCUGUUACCACGGCACAGUUGAUUGUUACAAGUUAUUAAGAUCGAAAUUUAACUCAGAAAUAACACAAAGAUGUCUUAAAUUUUCAUUUUUAGGAGGAAAUCAAGAGAUCGUGAGUGAAUGCUUGAAAUAUCAAAAACCAGAUGAAGAAUGCAUGAAAUAUGCAAUUAUUUCACAUAACAAUGAUUUUGUUACAUUCUUGAUGAAUGAAUACAAUAUACAGAUUGAUUUAUAUUAUUGCGGAAUAUAUAAUAAUCUUGAAUCAUUUUUAGUUUAUUUCGAUCAAACUAAUGAUUUUAAAAAUUGCUUUAUUUAUUCAGCAAUGUUUAAUAUUCCAUCUCUUUGCGGUUAUUUUCUUUCAUUUGGUGCAAAUAUCAAUGAUAAAGAUGAUGACAGAAAUACUGCUCUUCAUUAUGCAGCGGGUUGUAAUUGUAAAGAAGUAGUCGAUUUUCUAAUUUCACAUGGUGCAAAUAUACACGAAAAAGAUGAAGAUGGAAAUACAUCUCUUCAUAAGGCAGCAGAAUAUAAUAGUAAAGAAACAACCGAAGCUCUUAUUUCAUUUGGUGCAAAUAUCGAUGAAAAAAAUAUAUUUGGAAAUACUGCUCUUCAUAAUGCGGCAUUGAAAAAUUGUAAAGAAACAGCCGAAAUUCUUAUUUCGCAUGGUGCAAAUAUAAAUGAAAAAGAUGAAGAUGGAGAAACUGCUCUUCAUUACACAGCACGUAGUAAUAAUGAAGAAACAGCUGAAAUUCUUAUUUCACAUGGUGCAAAUAUCAAUGAAAAAGAUAAGUGUGGAAAUACCGCCCUUCAUAUGGCAGUUUUGAAAAAUAGUAAAGAAACAAUCGAAGUUCUUAUUUCACAUGGUGCAAAUAUCAAUGAAAAAAAAUAA